CAGCAGCAGAAAUUCACAAUAACAAUGCGAUAAGCGUGUUCGGUGCGUGUUCUUGUGUUUGUUUUGUUGUGAAAGAGAGUGAGUGCAACUCGAAUAGGAGAAAUGCCACAGAAAGUGAGUGAAAUCGAACGGAACGCGGACAUCAACGACAAUCUCCGUCUGCCGCUAAGGAACGGUGAAGGAGGGGGAGCGCAUAUUUAUGAGAAUCUUCCCUCACCCGCCACACCACAGCCAUUGUGCAUCCCUUUGCCAGAACUCCGUAAAUAUUUUCCCCGCGAAGCCCUCUAUGAGAAUCUCUGCCGCGGUUGUGGCUAUGGCGUCUUUGCCGCCCAAGGUCAUUACUGCCAUUUCUGUCAGUGCAUUGUGAGCGGCGGUGUGCUCCCAUCUACUCAUCUCACCCCGCCAUCACCCAGCGAGGGGAAUAUCUACGAAAACAUCUGCGAAAUAUGUCGAGGGAUCUACAGCGAUGAGGGGGAGUGUCACUGUCAGGCGGAAAUGUCCACGCCCACUGAUACUCCGGAGCCAAAGACAAAGUCACCCACACCGACCACAACGGGGGUGAAAAGCAAAUCAAGGACUCUUCUCAAUUACUCCAAAUCCAGUGCCGCGACAUUGACCCGAUUCUUUGGCUCUCUCAAGCAGCUGAAUCGCUCCGGAUCGCUGCAAAGGAAGAUAUUCCAAAGAGAGCCAAGAACAGGGCCGGGCUCCCUCGAGAUCAUUCACAAUGUGGGAGAGGUGUUCCGCACACAGGAGACCUUCGAUAUGCAGCGAAUCUGCGAGCUGAAGAGCCAACUGCAGAGCAGCCAGAGCGACCAGCAUAUCUACGGGAGGGUACGAGAGCCGGACAGAGAGGCGCUGGCAGCUGCGGUGGCGCAGGAGAAGGAGCAGCGCAAGAAGCCGCGCGUGUCACGCAUUCGCCUGCUUCAUGCUGAAGAGGAUCAGGCGUCACUGUUCCUCAACGAAAGCAUCUGCCACUGGAUGGCCACACUGCGGCAUCAGGUGCACAACUACGAGGACGGCGAGGGCGUGUGCCAGCAGCCAAAGAGUGUACCGCCCUCCUACGAUCGAGAGAAGGAGCGGGAGCGGGAGCUGGAAACGGAGAAGGUGACCCUGAGAAGGGUGGGCGAAAAGCAAAACGAACUCAGCAAAGCACAGCCGGAGCAACAGCUCGUGGAUGACUUCAAGCGAAAGCUUAAGCUCAAAAGAGAGCCGCCCCCGCUUACUAUAACAAUCGUGCCGCAGCAGAGAGAGCAGGAAGCAGACAGCCCGGGUUGGGAAGAGAUCAAGGAUCAGCGUCGAUGCGGAAUCAAUGAACAUUUGAAUGUCGAUUUUGUCAAUGAAUUUCUGAGCGGACUAGAGGAAGAACCAGCACAAGAGAGCCACAUCUGUCAGCUAAGAGAGCCCCUCCCGUUGGAGGUGCUGAUGAUCCCACCACUGAAUGGCCGUAUCUCGCUCUGGCAGCUCAUGCAGAGCGCAGCUUUGGCCGCCAGCCUGAAUGUCUGUGUGCGUGGCUUCAUGUGCUUCUAUGACAAAUCAUUGCGCAUGCUCAGAGAGCGGCACCAAGAGAGCCAGUUCAUUAAUAUUGAGUGCUGGCUGAGAGCGCAGCGGCGGCGCUGUGAGUCAGCUGCGCCGGCGUUGGCGGCUCCACCGGCUCCAAGGCAAUCGCUUUCAUUACUUCCAACGAAGCCGCCGAGUGACGACGUUAGUGCUGCGAUGGUCGCCAGGCCUCCUCCUCCCCUCGCGACCAACAACGGAAACAGACCCAGCGAUCCACAAGAGAGUGAAGCGAGCGCGAACGCGAGUGUGAGUGAGAGCGCGCAGCGAUCGGAAAGCGUUCGCGAUAACAAAAACAAUAGCACAAACGCGGAGGCCGUAGACGGCGACGUUGACAGCGACGGCAACGGCAUCGGCGACAGCACUGUGAUGGCUGCGCCCAAGCCAUGCGGCAACGCUGAGCAGCGGAUAAAUAGCAACAACAACAGUAGCAGCAGCGACAAUGAGAGCAGCAGUGGGAGCAGCGGCAGCAAAGAGCAUGGCAUUGCCAGCAAGCAGCAGCAGCAGCAGCAACUAAUUACUCAGAACUGUGUAAUCAAGGUGCGUCGUCCGGCUCCGAAAGUGCCCGUACGGAAUCCGAACACCGCUCUGAGUAAUCCUCAAAAGGAGAGCAACAACAACAAUCAGGUGGACGAAGAGGACAGACGACACUCCGAUGCAAGUUAUGGGGAAGAGGAGUCCAUUUAUCAACCCAUUUGGCAGUUCAAGACCCUGGAGCCUCCUGUUGAAGAUCUUGAAACUGAAGAAGAUAUUACUGCCGUGGCGGCAGUGGCGGGAGCAGCACCAGAACUUGGAGAAGGAGAUGACAACGAGGAAGACGAGGAUGAUGAUGAGGAGGAUGACGAUGAUGAUGAUGAUGAUGAAGACAAUGAAGAGGAGGAAGAGGAGGAGCUGGAGGUAGAAGAUGACUUCGAUGAUGACGCAGACACUGAUGCUGAUGCCGAUGUGAUGGCCAUCCAAGCAGCAGCAGUCUUUGCAGCCGGAGUCCGAUACAAGCUCUCAACAUCGACGCUGACUAAGCGCUCAAAAAUGAUGCUGCCAACGCCACUGCCAUCGCCGACAGCAUCGAUGGACCAGGGCGCCUGGGAGACGGAUGUGGAGUUUAUGUUCUCGCGGGACAGCAAAGAGGUUGUAGCCCCCGAGGUGAAUGCCCACGUGGAGGAGGAGGAGGAGGAGGAGGACCCCGAAUACCAGCUAGAAAUGGAGGAUACCCUGGAGACGCUGAGUCUCGGCAGCACAGUCACGAAUAGCACAGCCACCAUGGGGUCCAUGAGCAGUACGGGCAGCGCCUCCCGCAUGCGACCCUUAUCGUCACAACAAAAGGUUCCACUGGUGCACCCGUUGCUGCGAAACAUUUGCAUAUUCUAUAGCAUAAGGGAACCAAAGAAAUAUAGCGCCAUCUUCUAUGACUACCAGCUCUCCCAAGUCCAUCAGCGAUUCAUGACACGCAUCCGACGUCCAGCGCCACCGCCACCGCCACCGGCACUGGCACAGCCUCUGUCAGUUCCAAAAGCACCAAAGAUGCAGCAGCAGUACCAGUACCAGCAACAGCAACAGCAACAGCCACCACAGAUGAUGCCACUGCCGCCUGCUGUUGCUGCACCACCAUCUUUGCCACUGCCAACCAUCAAUGAUGACAGCGGCUGCAGCUGUGAUGCGGCAGAGGACGGCGAGGUGGUGCAUUCUCAAUCGAAAUUCGUUGCCAUUCCGACACCCCUCAAAGAGGACUGGGCCCUGGCCUGCCUGGCCGCAGCGGCCGUCACCAAGCGAGGCGUUGGACCCCGUUCCGCUCGCAAGCUAAGGGUACGCUCCAAUGCCCGGCUUCUCGUUACGGAUUCGGUGCUGGCCUGGCGGGCGAACCUUCAAGAUGUCAACUGUUGCGAGGACGAGGAAGAUAUGAUUGUGCCAGUGACUGAUAUAUUGCGGGCACAGCAGAUCCAGGAGGACAGCGAGGUGCAGCAGACCCAGCAGACGGUGAUAUUGCAGCGCUUCAAGAGCGCCUCCAUUGGGGAUCUGGUGGAUCUGCCCGGCGAGGAUGACAAGAAGUCCAUCAAGAAUCGCAUGCGCAUGAAGUUUGCCGUCAACAGCAAUGUGUUUCGCAUCAAUCGCUCGCCAAAGAGCGAAAAGAAGUCUCGCACACGGCGCGGCCAGGUGAACAGCCUGUAUCUGGAUGAGCAGUCGAAGUAUCCACUCUUUGGGGCACCUCUCAACGCCCUGGAGCUGAACAUGACCGAUCAUCCGAAUGUGCCGCGUUUUGUCGUGGAUGUUUGCGCCUACAUCGAGCGCCCGGACUGCGUCGAGCAGGAUGGCCUGUAUCGCGCCUCCGGCAACAAGGUGCUGGUCGAUGAGCUGAAGAAAAAGCUGACGCAUCUGUACGAUCCGCGAUUCCUGCACACCGACGACAUCCAUACACUGACCAGCCUGCACAAGCAGUUCUUUCGCGAGCUUUCGGCUCCGCUCAUAACCCAGGAGGCCUACGAGCGACUGGGCCGCAGUCUCAGCGAUGAUGCGGCCAUCGAGCGGAUGCGUUUGGCCUUUGAUGAGAUGCCCGAACCGAAUCGAUCCACGCUCCGAUUCCUCAUCAAGCAUUUGACCAGAGUGGCUGCUGCCAGCGCCUCGAAUCGCAUGCCCUCCACCAAUUUGGCCAUCGUUUGGGGCCCCUGCCUGCUCAGUGCCAAUCAGAUUCAGCUGGAUAUUGGCCGCAUGAAUAUGUUGGCCAAGGUGCUGAUCGAGAACCAUGACCGCAUCUUUCAACCCGACAACGAGCGUCUCGUCUGCUAGGAUUCCCCGCCCAAUCAAAACAGUUUUAAGUGCCUCAAGCAUCACACCCACACAACCAUCACACACACACACACACACACACACCUUUUAUUGGCAGAGAGUCUUUGAGAUUUUCGCAUACAUUUUUUGUUUAGCUUUUAGGCAUCCUUUUUUAUGUGUCUGUUCCAGCUUUAAUUUCUACGUUUUUUUUUUUUGUUCUAAUUUAAAUUUUUUUUAAUAUGUUAUUUAUUCAAAUUCGUGGGAAAUUCGAGCAGAAACCCAUCAAGAAAAUACUUACCAAAAAGACACUAGACUAAGUUGAAGCUAAACCAUAAUAAAUACACACAUAAACAUUAA